UUCAUUAUUCUGUGUUAGCAGAUAGGUUAAGGGCAUGCACCUUAACAAAUUCACCCUAAUAGCUUAAGGACAAAAAAAACCAAAAAUUCCUUCAAAAAUUCAAUCUUUUCUGCACUGCGUUGCGCAACAAGCUCAAUCCAGUGAUGGGUGAUGGUUGCACGGUUCAGGGCAUGAACAAUUCGAACAAGGAUAAGAAAAAGAAGAACAAGAACAAGAACAGGGGUGGUAGUAGCAGUAGCAAGAAGAAGAUGACCCAUGAGCAGCUUCUUGCCUUCAAGUUUGUGACUGAAUGGGUGUUCUUGGAUCAACCCUCUCCUUCUUCUGCUUCUUCUUGUGUUGUGGAUGAUUUUGGGGUGCAGAAAGCUAUGGGAAGAGGUGGAGAGAAGGUAACCUUUGAAUUGCAUUCACACUCCAAAUGCAGUGAUGGGUUCUUGUCCCCUACUAAGCUUGUUGAGAGAGCUCACAUCAAUGGCGUGAAAGUUCUUGCUCUGACAGAUCAUGACACUAUGGCAGGCAUCCCUGAGGCUGUAGAGGCAGCUCGGAAAUACGGCAUCAAGAUAAUGCCUGGUGUUGAAAUUAGUACAAUAUUUUAUCCGGGUGGAGACUCUGAAGCAGAGGAACCAGUUCACAUUUUAGCAUAUUACAGCAGUAUUGGACCAUCAAGGUUUGAGGAGCUGGACAAGUUUUUAUCAAAUAUAAGGGAGGGACGUUAUCUUCGAGCAAAGAACAUGGUCUUAAAACUGAACAAACUCAAACUGCCUCUUAAGUGGGAGCAUGUUUGCCGAAUCGCAGGCAAAGGGGUCGCCCCAGGAAGGCUUCAUGUUGCCCGUGCUAUGGUUGAGGCAGGUUGUGUGGAAAAUCUCAAACAGGCAUUUGCUCGGUAUCUUUUUGAUGGUGGACCCGCGUACUCCACGGGAAGUGAACCUGUGGUAGAGGAAGCAAUAAAAAUGAUUUGUCAUACUGGGGGUGUUGCUGUUCUGGCUCAUCCAUGGGCAUUGAAAAAUCCGGUUCCAAUUGUCAAGAGGUUAAAAGAAGCUGGCCUUCAUGGGAUGGAGGUUUACAAAAGUGAUGGAAGGUUGGCAGCUUAUAGUGACCUGGCUGACACCUACGGGCUUUUAAAGAUCGGAGGGUCAGAUUAUCACGCCAGAGGAGGCCACAAUGAAUCUGAACUAGGAAGUGUGAACCUUCCAGUACAAGUGUUGCAUGAUUUCCUCAAGGUAGCUAGGCCUAUCUGGUGCAAUGCCAUCAGGGAAAUAUUGGAGUGUUAUGCUGAGGAACCUUCUGAUUCUAACCUAGCCACAAUUACAAGGUUUGGGAGAACCCGGAAUUUUAAGGGAGGUUCACCCUGCGGGCAGGACUUGAUUGAUCACUGUUUACCUGUCUGGUUAACUAGCCAGGAGAUGGAAAAUGAAGAGUUUGAAGCUGUCAAGUUGAAGCUUUCAAAUGUUUCUGCAACUCAGGGAGGAAUUCAGGUUCUCAUAGAGACUAAAUAGCAGUUUAUGCUAGCAGAUUCCCAGUAUGUCUGGUCAGCCAAUGUUGAUGUCUAUUGAUUUUUGUUUCUUUUUUUUUUAGGAAAUUUUCUAUUAUCAUUUGAGCAAUUAUUCUCAUAUUAUUGUUUUAUCCUCUAUCACUGAUGAGUUUUUUUCUUUCGAAUUUUUUGUUUGUUUGUUAUUUCUUAACACCAAUGGCUAGUAAAGACUGUAUGUCCAAACUCCAAAGGUUGAAACAGGAGGGAGUGUCUUUCUUCAAUGCUU